CCACACAACCCCCAAAAUACGUAUUCCUUAUCGCUUUUUUAUUUCUUUUCCGGCUUAGUGCAAAAUUGAAAACCACUAGAUUCGGAUUAUCAAGUCGCCAUUUUGCAUUUGUUACCUAAUCAACAAGCACGUAAAUUAUCCUUCGGGAAAAAAUCGAAAUGUUCACUGGUACUUUGGUCAGAGUUGCGCCUCAAGUGAGGCAAGCCACUCGGCAAAUGUCUGCUAUUUCGGGCCCCCCUAGAGUCAGAAUCUCGUUCGCCGAGAAGGUGGUUCACGGGCUUGUCAUCACCGGGUCUAUGAUGAUUGUCCCAGCUUGGGUUUUGGUAAACAUCAAGAACUACAAAUCCCGUGAUUAAAUCCAUUGUAAAUUGCUUAGUCCAGUUUAAUGUUUAUAUUUUAUGUUAAAUAAAUUGUUUAAGGUGUAA